AUGGCAUCAUCCAGCUCUUACAAUUCUCCAUGUGCUGCUUGCAAAUUCUUGAGGAGGAAAUGCCUUCCAGGGUGCAUCUUCGCACCGUAUUUCCCACCAGAAGAACCCCAGAAAUUCGCCAACGUGCACAAGAUCUUUGGUGCCAGCAAUGUGACUAAGCUCCUCAACGAACUCCUCCCUCACCAAAGGGAACAUGCAGUGACUUCCCUUGCUUAUGAAGCAGAGGCACGUGUGAGAGACCCAGUUUAUGGCUGUGUUGGUGACAUCUCUGUCCUGCAAAGGCAAGUUCAAAGGCUUCAAAGGGAGCUUGAUUCAGCCAAUGCUGAUCUCCUUCGCUAUGCUUGCAAUGAAAUCCCUCCACCAUCUCUUCCUGUGCCACCAGCAAUGACAACUUCAAUUCAACAAAUGCCACAAAGGUCUUUCAGUGCAAGAUUUGGUAAUGAAGGAAGUGGGUUUUAUAGGCCUUCUCCUACCACUUAUUCUUUUCCUUAUUCUCUUCCUUGGACUGAUACCCCUUCUGAUGAUAACAAUGAGAGAGGAUGUGGAGGAGGAGGUAAUUUGUGA